UGUUAUGUAGACUCUUUGGCCUAGCUAGGCUAAAAAGGAACAGGAAGUGGGAAGUGAGAAUAUUGCAGAACCGCAGCAGAAGUGAACUACACUUUGAUUUUGAAAGUCUGCCGUAGGCCCCUAGGCCUAGCCUAACAGGAAUAUUGGGAUUCUAUUGUUUGAAAUUGUGUUAGAUUGCACGGAAGUGAAAAAAAGAAAGGCAAGUGUCGACUAGAUCUAGGCCUAUGACCUUUCUAGAUCUAGAAAUACAGGGACGUUAAGUCAGUAAGUGCAAACGGGACCACAAUUGAACAGGACUCCCAUCAGUUUGAAAGAUUAGACGUGGAGAGGUGUUUGUGUUUGGGAGGGCUUUGUCUAAACUAGAAUAUCUCAUUUAGAUCUAGAAAUCUAGAUCUAGAAUAUAGAUUGUUUUUAUUUCACUUUUAUUUGCAGAUAUUUUGUUCACAUAAAAUGUCAAAUCAAAGAGACCAUCACCCCAGUUACAGUCCUCUAAGAGCAAAGCGUCGUCAGAGUGAUGCGAAAUGGAGGGCAAGUGUGGCAACAUGCUAUGAUACCUUAAAAUACGUUGUUCCCAACAUGAAGCAAAUGUCAAGGAGGAAAAUUUCUAAGGCGUUAAUUUUGCAAGAGACAGAAAAACACAUCAAGGAGCUUGAGGACAAAAUCAACCAAUUGGUUGAUGUUGAAUGUCCAUCAAAGGGUAAAGCGUUGCUUUGGCAAGAUGGUUUGCAUUGGACUUCUUGCUCCUUGGACAAAUUGAGAACAGACUUUUCAGGGCAACAGCGCAAAAUAUUUCAGAGCUCAUCCCAAGGGCGGCGAUGUUAUAAACUUCUACAUGAUAUCAAAGAAGAAGUAUUUAGCAUGAGCGCAGACCCAAAAAGAUUGGCUUUUGUUGAAGAGAAUGUAAGCAUUAGCAGUCUCAUCAAUAACAGUAGGCUAACUAAGGAGCCGCACCAGACCACAGGACUCCACUUGCAUUUGGGUCACAAACAACUUGAACUUGAUGACUUUGCUGAUGAAGGUGGAGAGACAGGACAGCAGGGAUUUGUCAAGCUGUUUAGAGGUGAUCUUGGACUUGAGGUUGGAAGGACUUCAUUUUCCUCAGCAAGUUUAUCUGCCCAAGAGCAAGACACUCUCGCAGCUGAAUACAGGAACCCUUCCACAGUUUGUGCUGACUGUGUUCCAACUGAUUUCAGUACUGUUAAAGUCGAAUAUUGCCAUGGGGAACAACAAGAUUACGCUGUUGGCUUCCCUAAGCUUGAACUGGAGUCUGAGCAGGAGGUACCUUUUCAUCCUACACCUGUUAAGGCAACUGAUUCCAAAAGAAGUCAUGAUUACGACAACUCUAACAAACAAAGGGAGCUGGAUCUAUCUGUAAGUGACUGCGCGGUUGUCCCAAACUUUGACAGGAACAGCAACUUGCAUGAUCCUCAGACUCCUCCAGGGAUUCAUGUCUUCAAUUUGAAAGCUCAAACUUUUGACAGCAGUAUUGUUGAUGAAAGUAAACAAGAAUUACAUGGAAACAACACAGCAACUAAUUUGAAUGUGCCAGUGAAACAGUCUGAAGGAAAUUUUGUGACCCCAAAGCGAGAUGUCAGUGCACUGAAGACUUGGCCAGUCAGUAAAAGCCUGUUUAAAACAGAAAAUGCUAAGAAUAAGCUCAACUUUAGCACUCCAGCUUGCAACACGAUGAAUUCACCACCAUGGUCUGGUGGUCUGAAAAGCCCUGAGCAUACAGAACCAUCACCAAUGAUUUCUGGAUUUACUCCAAUCAAAGUACCUGAAAUGAAGCCAAACGUAACUGAAGAUAAUCCUCUGACUUCAUUCAUUUCUCCUUGGAAAACUCAAAGUUCCUCGUUCGACUCAAGAAUACCACAGGAGAACUACUUAGAUCACCAUGACCUAGAGGACAGUCUGCUGUGCUUUGAGACGCUGGACACCAUGGACUUGGAGGAUAACGCUAGCAAGGAACUGUCACCAAAUAGUUCUAUGGAAGUUUCGCAGCCAAAAUGCCGAAAGAGACUAGAAAGACUUUAUGAACAAGACACAGAGUAUGAUGAGCAGGACGAGCAGGACAACCAGACUGUGCCCCAACUUGGUUCUAGUCUUGCCAGCCGGAAAGAGAAAACAACUGAUGAUUUUGUUGUUGGUACUUCUGAUUUUGAUGGAUUUUUUUACUACUAUCGGCAAGUUGGUCCCAAAUUGAAUGAAAAACUAGGGUCCCACAGCCUCCACUCUCCCACUGUGGCUUUCAACGUGGCCCAUAUGUGGACAGACUUACCUCAGCAUGAAAAGAACACCAUGUCAGCUUUGGCCAGUUUGGAAGGACAAAGUCAUGCUGAAAAUAUAAAGUUUGGGCAACUGAGUCAGGAUUUAGAGAAUGUGGAAAUCAAACCUUUGGACCCCCAGGAUUUCAUUCCAGAUCAUUUGUUGUAAUAGUUGUUUUAUUGAUAUUGUUAUUUGAUAUAUCAGCUUUUCUUUCCUGUGGUUUGGGUUUGGUUGUAAGGGGUGUUUCUGUAAAAGUCAAGUUUCACAGGAAAGGAGCUUGUUGUUAUGUUUUUUAUUGAUCGAUUCUUAUGAACAAUUGUGAAGUGUGUUUAUUACUACACAGCAAAAUUAUGAAAGCCUGUUUAUUUUUCCAAAAAUUUAAUGCGAAUACAUGUAUAAUUU